GUUCAUCAGGCAGACCUAAUCUGUCCUUGUCACCAACCUUGUCUGAUCUUGACUUCAAGAGAAAAAAGGACAAUCCAGCUGCUUCCUUUUACAAAGAGGAGCACCAGGACCAGAGAGGGGAAGAAACUUGCUGCAGGUCUCCAGAAAAGCAAGCUAGAUACAGGGUUUAUCAACUCCUAAGCAGGGAUAGACAGGCCGGGGGUGGGCUUUGGGCUCUGUGUGCUCAAAGGUCAUAUUGGGGGUGACAGGAUUUUCUGCUUGACUGUUAAGAUCCUGGGAGGGUGAGGGAAGAGGAGCAGGGAGGUGGAGAGAGGGGAGGGUCUGGGGUAUUCCACACCUGCAGGAGCUACCCUGCCCUGGGGGAGAAUUUGGUACUGCUGGGGGUUCCUGCCUCCCGCCCCAUCCCAGCUAAAGAGCAUUCAGGGACACUGGGCCUUGAGGAGUUGGGAGGCAUUCUCCAGAGAGAGUCGUCAUGGCCUACCUGAAGGAGUGCUCAAACAAGCGGACCAAGUGGAUCAUUGCCAGCGUUGCCAGUUUGAUUCUGGUGUGUGUCAUUGGAUUGGUCCUGUGCUUCACACUGCAGAAGGUCACCCAGCCAGGCUUUGAGCAGGAUGCGGCUUGCCGCCCGGACGCAGACAUGCUGGACUACUUGCUGAGCCUGGGCCAGAUCAGCCAACGGGACAGCCUGCUGGUCACCUGGUACCACGCUGCCAACAGCCAGAAAGAUAUGUGGGCUGCGCUGAACAGCAACGUCAUGGUCCUAGAGGCAGAUGUCACCGUAGAAGGGCUCAACACAGCCAAUGAGACAGGGGUCCCCAUCAUGGCGCACCCCCCGGCCAUCUAUAGCGACAACACCCUGCAGCAGUGGCUGGAGGCCGUGCUGGCCAAUUCCCAGAAAGGUAUCAAGCUGGAUUUCAAGAGUCUCAAGGCCGUGGGGCCCUCCCUGGAUCUCCUACAGCAGCUGACAAAGGACGGGAGAGUCCGGAGGCCUGUGUGGAUCAACGCCGACAUCCUGAGGGGCCCCAACGUGCCCAUCUCCAUCGAGCUCAAUGCCACACGGUUCCUGGCCUUGGUUCAGGAGAAGUAUCCUGAGGCUACCCUGUCUCCAGGCUGGACCACCCUCUAUAUGCCCCUGUUCCCAAACAGCACCUAUACCCGAGCCAUGGUGGAGAAGAUGCAGAAGCUGGUGGGAGCGCUGCCACAGAGGGUCACCUUCCCUGUGAGGGCUGUCAUGGCACAGGCUGCCUGGCCCCACUUCAGCUGGCUGCUGGGCCAAUCUGACAGGUACAGCCUGACGCUGUGGCAGGGUGCCUCGGACCCCGUGUCAGUGGACGACCUCCUCUACAUUCGGGACAACUGUGCCAUCCACCAAAUCUACUAUGACCUCUUCGAGCCUGUCCUUUCGCAGUUCAAGCAGCUUGCCAUGAAUGCCACAAGGAAGCGAAGCUACUACACAGGGGGCAGCCUGAUCCCUCUUCUUCAGCUCCCCAGGGGUGAUGGUCUGAGUGUGAUGUGGCUGGUUCCUGACAUCCAGGGCAACGGAACAGCAGCAACAGUGCAAUUCCCAGACAAAGAAGGCAUGAUCCUGCUGAACGUUGGCCUCCAGGAGCUUGCAGCUGGGGAUCCUAUGCCCAUAGUACGUGCCGCAGGUGGCCCUGUCCUGACGCUGGAGUCAUGCCUGCUGCAGCUUGCCACCCACCCUGGACGCUGGGGCAUUCAUUUGCACAUAGCAGAGCCCACAGCCCUUCGGCCGUCUCUGGCAGUGCUGGCCCACCUCUCCACCCGUGGCCACCUUUCUCGGCCUGUAUGGGUCGGUGCCACAGUCUCCCAUGGGAGUUUUGUGGUUCCUGGCCACGUGGCUGGCAAGGAGUUGCUUACAGCGGUAGCCGAGGUUUUCCCCCAUGUGACAGUGGCACCAGGCUGGCCUGAGGAGGUGCUGGGCAGUGGCUAUGGGGAACAGCUGCUCACAGAUAUGCUGGAGCUGUGCCAGGGCCUCUGGCAACCUGUGUCCUUCCAGCUGCAGGCUGGGCUGCUGGGCCAGAGCAUGGCUGGAGUUGUGGCCAGGCUACUGGCAGCCUCACCCCGGGCCACUGUCACAGUGGAGCACAGCUCCACAGAGGGCAACUAUACAUCUGUGCGGACAGUACUGCUCGCAGCCAGGGCCGUGGACAGAACCCGGGUCUACUACAGGCUGCCCCAGAGUUACCGCGAAGACUUGCUGGCAGAUGUUGGCAGAAACUGACCACCCAGUGGACUGAAGGACCCCUGGGUCAAGGCUUCC